AGGAAGAUAAAGUUGAGAAAUGGUCGCAUACGGGAAAGCAGCUCUGUUGUACACCAUCAUCUGGUUUUGCCUGAUUUUAGGUGAUGACUGUAGGAAAGUAACUGUUCAGACUGGUGGAUCUCUUAUUAUUCCAUUUCAUUAUGAAUACACACAACACCAGAAAUACUGCUGCUAUCAAGCAGAAGCAGCUUUCAAGUUCUGCUCUGUUCUGGCACACGCAAAUGAAACUAAAGGAGACGUGUCAGUAAUUGAUUAUCCUGAUCAGAGUUUAUUUACUGUCACUAUGAGAGACCUGCAGAAUCAAAAUACUGGAGCUUACUGGUGUGGAAUGUCAAUUAAAGAUGGCGAUGAUGUGACAGAGUUGUGUUUUAUCACAAUCCAAUCAGCUCCUGAUCUCUCUGUGAUGUCCAGCAGUGUAACUGUAGAUGAAGGUGGUAAUAUCAGUGUACGGUGUCUCUACACUUCUACAUAUAAGAAUGAACACAAACAGUGGUGCAGAUAUAAAGACAAGAGAUGUUACACAGCCCAGAAUGCAUCAUUUAAGAUCAGUGAUGAUGGGAGAGGAUCUUUGACUGUGAUGAUGUCUGGACUGAUGAAGAGUGAUUCUGGCUGGUAUUACUGUUCUGUAGGAGAUCUACAGGCUCCUGUUCAACUCACAGUCAAUGCUCCUGAUCUCUCUGUGAUGUCCAGCAGUUUGACUGUAGAUGAAGGUGGUAAUAUCAGUGUACAGUGUCUCUACACUUCUGCAUAUAAGAAUGAACACAAAAAGUGGUGCAGAUAUAAAGACAAGAGAUGUUACACAGUGGGAAGAUCUGACACAUCCCAGUUAGUUGAGAUCAGUGAUAAUGGGAGAGGAUCUUUGACUGUGGUGAUGUCUGGACUGAUGAAGAGUGAUUCUGGCUGGUAUUACUGUUCUGUAGGACAUCUACAGGCUCCUGUUCAACUCACAAUCAAUGAAUCAGCAGGUUCUCAGCACACUCUCCCGCAACGAGCACAAUCACCAGAGUACUAAUUUAACAUCACCUGUCCCUCAUUAUCAGCACACGCUACUUAUGCUUCAAACUCCCUCACAGUCACUGUCUAGUCAUGUUGACACAUACCACUCAUUGCAUCAUCUGUCUACCUGCAAGAAAGGAAAGUUUGUCUCUUAUCUGUGAUUGUGGAGUUAUUUGUUAUCAUCAUCCAUAUCCUACAAUAUCCAUUUCAUCCUUCUGUCUUAUGCUCAUAUUUUAAUAAAUACUUACCUUUAUAUGUGUCUCAUUCUGGUCUGUGGUACCCUAAAUAAAUAUUUAAUUCUAUUUUAUGUAU